GAUAAGCGUAAGGCAUAUUGCUUCUAUUGUUAUCUUUUUAAGCAUGACCGAAUGGAUGAUAAAUUUGGGCAUGAUGUUUUCUCCAAAUUGGGUUUUGACUGUUGGAAAAAUGCGGUUGUAGCAUUCCGUAAACAUGUUGGUGGGCCAUGUAGCAUCCACAAUAUUUCAAAAACAGCAUGUGAUGAUUUUAAAAAUCAAAGGGCAAGUGUGAAAAGUAAAGUUACAACUUACAGCAAAGGUUCACUAGUCAAGUAUGAAACUCGUGUGGAUACAUCUUUGGCCAUUGUAAGUUAUCUAGCAUUGCAAGGUGAACCAUUUCGUGGACACGAUGAAUCCAGUUCUUCUUUGAACAAGGGGAAUUUUUUGGAGCUACUUGAUUGGGUGAAAGAAAGAAUUCCAGAAGUGAAGGUUGCAUUUGAUGAGCUAUGCCCUAAGAAUGCCCAAAUGACUUCCGGAAAAAUUCAAAAAAUCCUUAUUUCCCAUUGUGCAAAUGCGGUCACCAAAGCAAUCAAAGAAGAGAUGGGUGAUUGUCUUUUCUCUGUCCUUAUUGAUGAGUGUCGUGAUAUAUCGGUGAAAGAACAAAUGGCCGUGGUUAUUAGGUACUUGAGCAAACAAGGAGAGACUAUUGAACGAUUUUUAGGUAUUAAGCAUGUCCCGGACACAACAUCUGCUUCUUUAAAGAAGGCAUUGUUGGAGGUUUUUGCUAAACACGGUCUGGUUGUUGCGCGACUACAAGGGCAAGGGUAUGAUGGGGCAUCUAAUAUGAGAGGAGAAUUCAAUGGCCUUCAUAAGUUAAUUCGAGAUGAGAACCCAUAUGCUUUCUAUAUCCAUUGCUUUGCCCACCAACUGCAGUUGGUAGUUGUUGCUGUUUCGAGAUGCUGCAAGGGUGUUGAGGAUUUUUUUGAAUAUGUGACCAUGAUAUCUAAUCUCAGUACGUCAUCUUGCAAGAGGAAGGAUAAAUUGCUUGACAAGCAAAACAAGUUCUUUUGGAUAAGAUUAGGGGAGGUGAGAUGCCCACAGGAAAAGGGAAAAAUCAAGAAACAUCCUUGGUCAGACCUGGAGAUACAAGAUGGGGCUCUCAUUACACAACCUUAUCUCGCAUUGAAUCAAUGUGGGAUGCAGUCAUAG